AUAAAGCACAACUUACACCCCAUGCUUACUUGCGAUCUACACACUGCUCCACGCCAGCUUAUUCGCUCUUUUCGGUCGCGCUCGGCACAUAUUCUCUCUUUAUUGAGGCUUUGACAGCUUCAUCACAUUCCCUGCAAAAGAAACCCACAUUCCCUCGUCAACUGAAGAUCACUUUUGCACUCAUUGAGCCCGUUUUGAUCCAAGCAAGGAUAUUCUUUUGAGCAAAUCACGUCCGCUUUUACGCCAAAAAAAAACAAAUAACUGUUUCCAAACAUACCGACUCGACGUCACGCAACGACCACCAUGUUCUCCAAGACUGCCCUCUUCGUGGCCCUUCAGGCUGGCCUGGCUUUCGCUGGUAACUCCAUCGUCUCCAACCUCUGCUCCUACGACGUCUGGGUUACGUCUGUUGGCGGAAACCACGAAACUGCAAUGACUCGCAUUCCGGCUCGCACUCAGUACACCGAAGCCUUCUACCAAACUGGCACCUCGCUCAAGAUCUCCAAGACUGACACCAUUGUCAACGGAGAGCAGACCCAGUUCGAGUACACCAUUGCUGGCGGCAAGAUCUGGUACGACAUCUCUUUCGUCAACUGUGCCAACGGCGAGUCCGCCACAUCGUGCCCUGGACAUGCCGAAGGCGUUGCCAUGCACGGCAGCUCUUCUGGUUGCGGCACCAUCGACUGCCAGGCCGGCAGCUACUGCCCCACCCAGGCCUACUAUGUCCCUCAGCCUCUCCUCACUCUUGGCAUCAAGGAGCCCGUCUUCGACUGCCCUACCUCUGUGGGAUCCAACGUCGACCUUUACAUGACCAUCUGCUCUGGAGAGACUGCUCUCAAGAGGAGCAUCGCUGGACGCGUUGCUGUUGACCUUGAGGGUUAAGCUUAUUAUGAGGCUGGUGGACAAGCAUCUGUGAUGCAUUGCACUCGUUUUAAAAUUUUCGCUUCUCAAGAUACAUACUUAGGGUACACGGGUGGGUGUUUUUUUUGGGGGAUUUUGGUGUGGAUAGACACAACUGACGACGUUAUUCUUUUCUCACGAUGGAUUACGAUUUGGAACGAAAUGAAAUGGAUCUGUUUUUUUCGCACAUGCUCAAAAUUUUU